GUGAAGUUGUUUACCAAAUUAAACCCCUGUGUUAAACCCUGGCCGCUGUAUCUAGCCAUCUCCUCUUCCUUUCCGCGAUUCCUUUUCCGUUAAUGGCGAAUUUCUGCCUUCACUGCUAGAUGAAGGCGUGCUGGAAUCAUCUCGAUAGGGCGAAAUGAGACUGAAUCGUACUGUUUGUCGACCUGCUAAUCUCGGCUUGUCUCUUCGGUUUCAGCGGCGUCAAGAUACCAAAAUUUCAACUUCUUCUCUGCAUCCUGUUUUAGCUGAUGCAUCGAAUCUAGGGCAUGGAUCGAAAUUAUUGGGGCGCGAUCGAUUAUAUGCUUCUGCUUCUGCGGUAACUAGUGCGCUGGAAGAUAGAAAGCCGCGUAAAAGACCUUCAAAGGAUGAGCGCAGAACUAUGGUGGAAACCUAUGUUAACGAGUACAGAAUAACAAAUGAUGGGAAGUUUCCAACUGUUUCUCAUACUAUAAAAGAAGUUGGUGGUGGUUACUAUACUGUCAGACAGAUCAUACAGGAAAUGUUAUACAAUUCCAAACAAUCAUCAACUGAUGCUAAGUACGUCUCCAUUGGGAAAAGCUCAACGAAAGAGACUGAGAUAGCAUCCAAUUCCAAGAAUGAAAUAGAUUUAACAGACAUUAGGAAUGUGAGAAGCACAACUAACAAUCACGAUAUGAUAUGCAAUUCUGAAGAACAAUCCAUGUAUACUAAGGACAAUUCCGCAGAGAAAAGUGCAACCAAAAUUCAUGAAAUGAUAUGCAAUUCCGAAGAACAGUCCAUGUAUACUAGGGAUGUUUCCUUGGAGAAAAGCACCAUAAAAGAGGAUCACAUAUUGACUAAGUUUGAAGAGGUUCCUCAAGCCUUGGAGCUAGGUGAAGGUACUGGACCAAUCUUGAAGGAUGUUGAGACUUCCAGUUCCAUGGCCAUUAAAUCAAAGCAAGACCAAUUUGUUUCAGUUGAGACUGGUGAACCAAAAGAUGUGGAAGCUCAAUCUCCACACCUGAUUGACAAACAUGAAAGUAUCCAGAACCUAGAUUAUGAGAAGGAACAUGAGAUACGUGAAGAAAAUGAGAAUUCCAAUGCUUCAGAACAUAGAGCUGGGCGACAGGAGUCGUCAGAAAUAUCUGGAAGGGAGCUGGACAACAUGCCUCAUGAAUAUGCAGAUCAAAAGAAAUCCUCAGUUUGGAAUAAUCUAAAGUCCUUUGCAAAUGGAAUUCUGAGCAUGUGGAAGAAAUCUUGAUUCGACUUGAAAUUUGAAGCUUUUCAUCUUCGUUGAGAAUUGCAUAGAUUUUUUAUAGUCGAUGUGGUUUAUCAGAAAUUGAAGUUAUUAGUUUUUCUUGUGAACAAGAAUAUGCUAGUAUUGCAUUUAGAUAGCGGCGUAGUCAGGUGAUUUAGUAAAUAGACGUGCGGGUUUGUUACUAGUAGGAUAAUUUUGUUUUCAAAAUAUUAAUAUUAAUUUGAAAUAUUUCUUUUUUA